GUAGCUGACAGAUAUGACCAGAUCAGAUUUGUUUUUAUUUUAACGAUCGGCACAAUCGAGAUUUGUCAUCUUCUUUUGUGCCUUUUUGCUCUUCACUCUCUAUGUGGCGCGUCCAUUUGUGUUACACAUCUCAUCAAAUGAACACCACACUUUAAGAACGAACAUUUGGGAAAAUGGAAGUGUCUGCAUCUGCUCCACCCCUCCCGUAAAGCUGGCAGACUACUGUAAAAGAGUAUAUAAGAGCCCUGCCUGUCACGCUGACUAUCACACAGGAGGAGGGUGUCAGAACGUACUGGGGAAGUCUGUUGGCUUGGAGCUACUGCAACUUUUACGCACGACUCUUGUCUCCAUGCCGCUGUUUUCCACUUGAAUAUAAGGGAUUGAUUUCCCCACCUGCCUUUGAGUGAUGGCUUUCACUAUGCUGAGACCCGUCUCCACGCAUCCUUUCUCUUACCCCGCGGACCUAACCUUGAUGUCGGACGACGAUGAAGGGAACCGCAGCGAGAGCGACGGCAGCAGCGAUCAGGGGUACGGCUGCUGCGGCACUACGGGAGAGAGUUACGGGCGGGAGUCCGGCGGAGUUGUGGUCGGACAGCGGAACGCUGCCAACGCCAGAGAGAGACAUCGGACCCAGAACGUCAAUACGGCCUUCACGGCGCUGCGGACGCUCAUCCCCACCGAGCCGGUGGACAGAAAACUCUCCAAAAUCGAGACGCUGCGCCUGGCAUCCAGCUAUAUUUCUCACCUGGCCAACGUGCUGGUGGUAGGAGACGGAAGAGAGGGCGAACAGCCGUGCCUGAGUGCUGUGUACAGAGAAGUGAAGGGGGGUGGGCAGGGCAAACAGCCCCGGACUAUCUGCACAUUCUGCCUGAGCAACCAACGCAAAGGGGUGAAGGACAGACGAGACUGUGUGAAAAUGCAUGGAAGCAGUGUGAGACAGCUAAGUCGACGAUGAAAAUGUCUAAACUGGAGCAGUGUGGGAUUUUUUUCUUCCUCCCAGCAGAUAUUCCUAGAGACUUGAAGCAUCUCAGCACUACAGCAGUCCUGAAGGGCUCCUCUUACUUUGUGAGGCCUUGUCUGCUUAUUUAGUGAGACAGGAGGAUUGCCAAGUGAACUACCUGUAUGUCUCCAGCAGUUGCCAGAAAUCCAGUACACAAAUUGUUACUGUUAGGGGUAUAGUGGAUUAUUCCAUAAAUAAUCUGAAAUUAUAACAUUAUGACAUACAAAGUGAGCAGCACUAAGAAGGUUACUUACAUACAUACAUUAGAUGAACAGAUCUUACACAUUAGGGAAACAGAAAUCCAUACUAACCCUAGAUCAAUAAUGGUGUUACACUUACAUACAGCACUUUGGAUCACUCACCUAAAGUGUGAUUACUAAUAGUUGGAAACUAUGAACCAAAACAAAACAAAAAAUGGAGAAUCCUUUAAAAUGCAGUUUAUUAAUGAGCACAUACAAUUCCCUUUUUAAAAUUACUAACAGAAUACAUUUUGAAAAUGUUUAAUCUAGUAAAAAUCUGUAACAUCCUAGAACUCUGUGUCCAAGAGUACUUUGUUUUGUACUUUGAACAUUUUCCGUACAAGUACAAUUCAUUUUGCAUACUCAGCAUUUACAGUGACUCAUAUCAAAUUGCACUUACAAUGAAACUGUUGACCCUUACCACAUUGAUGAUAAUAACCAGUGCUUUAACUAUUGAGUAGAAAAAGAUGCUGCUGAUUCAAAGAGUAGUCCAUCCAAAGUAACUUUAAGUUCCUGGAAAUAUCACAAAGAACAUAAUAAAAAUGUCAAGUAAUCCAUGAAAAUGUAAGUAUAAUUGCACAGUUUUUAAAUAUAAUUUGGGAUAAUUUAAAGAUAUAUUGGAAUACAUAAUUACAUGUAAUCUGUUAUACCACUGUUACCUGUCAACCUAAUUGACUGAUUGAUUAUUGCACGGAGGGAUAAAACAUAUUAUCAGUGUUGUUUACUGGUUCCAAUUUACAAAUAUGGGUUUUAUCAUGCACAAAUGUUACUAAUGUCAUUCCUUUUUGUGAUGAAAAACAAAAGAAAACAAACAAACAAACAAACAAAAACAAUGGUUUGAUCUGAUCUAAUGAACAUUCACAAACACUUUGGUGCUGGUCCUCAAGAUGUUUGUGUGAAGCUUUUCUCUCAAAUAGACCUAUGCACCUGAAUAGUUUCUGGAGUGUCAGAGGAGAUAUCUGAGAGGCAAUGUUUUUAUCUACAUGUUUUUAUCUACUUUGAGAUUAAAUUUAUUUUUAC